UUAAUGCUUCAUGCAUUUGCAUAAUUAUGAAUAGGAUAUCGAAACGAAGCAGCUGUAACAUUGUUAAACCGUAACAAUUUUUUUCGUUACAGUUUCCUGGAACGUAGAAGACAUUGUUUGCACAGCGUCGUUUGUUGAUACAACAACUCGUGACACUGGAGAAAGAUUAGUGACUGAUAAACUUCUGAUAAACUUCUUAAAUGUAUCGACGUGUAUGAUUUUGUGCGGCUCGCUAACGGAAACCGUUGAAAUGUGUGCGUAGGUUGCAGGUAAAGAGCUACAACGUGACAUAGUUAAUGUAGGCUACAUUGUGUCCAUGGCGCGAAGAUAAGUAGGGUGCGCAAACUGGAUUAGGAUUUAGUGCUACUGGGACAGAAUGGAGCGCUGGACACAUUAAUUUGACCUUGAUUCUUUUUUUUUUUAUCUGGGUGUAAAUGAUAAUCCAUUUUUAACAUCACGUUUAUGGAGAAGUCAUAUUUCAAUAAACUUUGACCAAGGAAGCCAAUCGCUGGAUGACAGAAAACGACCGUUGAAAUUUGACUUGGCUAGUCAAAUUUGGUCAACCCUGUUAAACAUUUUGAAAUAAAGUUGAUUCAAGCAAAAUAGGGGAACUUUUACAUUGCACAAAGUUAUUAUCAAAAGCCAGUUCAUGGUGAAUUUGGUGGAUCUGGUAUGGUAAUGCACCAUGAUGCUGUUGUAGCCUACGGGGUAUGAACAUAUCUCGUGAAGGAGGAAGGGAGACACGAUGGCACUUUCCCGGCGAAGGAAUCGGUGGAAGUUGAUAGUUUGCCUUUUUGCGGCGUCUAUAGUGGGAUAUUUUAUUUUAAACAGGCAUAAUAAUCACGGUGACAUAGCUGGAACACGUCGAAGAGAGGUUCCCACUGAGCAAGAUAUUGCAAAUGAAAUGCUUAAAAAGCCUGUUUAUGACAAACCGACGUUGGAUUUAAAUGCCUUGGGAGAAAUGGGCAGAGCUGUCAAAUUAAACCUCGUUGGAGAGGAGAAGAGAAACGAAGAGGAAAGUAUUAAUAAACACCAGAUUAAUACCUAUGUGAGUGAUCUGGUAUCUCUCCACCGCAGUCUACCCGAACGAUGGAAUCCUCUUUGUAAGGACCAGAAGUAUGACUAUAGGUCAUUGCCAUCCACUUCAGUGGUGAUUGCCUUCUACAACGAGGCCUGGUCCACACUGCUACGUACUGUCCACAGUGUCCUGGAGACCUCACCCGACAGACUGCUACGAGAGGUGGUGCUGGUGGACGACUAUAGUGACAGAGCUCAUUUGAAGGAGCCGUUAGAAAACUACAUCUCCAGCUUGAAGAAGGUGCAUCUGAUCCGGGCCAGGAAGAGGGAGGGCCUGGUGCGGGCCAGGCUCUUGGGGGCCUCCAUCGCCACGGGCGAUGUGCUGACCUUUCUCGACUGCCACUGUGAAUGCCACAAGGGCUGGCUGGAGCCCCUGCUCGAGAGGAUUAAGGAGGAACCGUCCGCUGUGGUGUGUCCCGUCAUUGAUGUCAUCGACUGGAACACCUUCCAGUAUCUAGGCAACCCCGGGGAACCCCAGAUCGGAGGUUUUGAUUGGCGUCUGGUCUUCACCUGGCACUCGGUGCCAGAGUAUGAGCAGAAACGCAGGCGCUCUGCCAUCGAUGUCAUCAGGUCUGUGGUACCCUACAUUAGAAACAGGCGCUCUGCCAUUGAUGUCAUCAGGUCUGUGGUACCCUACAUUAGAAACAGGCGCUCUGCCAUCGUUGUCACCAGGUCUGUGGUACCCUACAUUAGAAACAGCCGCUCUGCCAUCAAUGUCAUCAGGUCUGUGGUACCUUACAUUAGAAACAGGCGCUCUGCCAUCGAUGUCACCAGGUCUGUGGUACCCUACAUUAGAAACAGGCGCUCUGCCAUUGAUGUCAUCAGGUCUGUGGUACCCUACAUUAGAAACAGGCGCUCUGCCAUAGAUGUCAUCAGGUCUGUGGUACCCUACAUUAGAAACAGGCGCUCUGCCAUCGAUGUCACCAGGUCUGUGGUACCCUACAUUAGAAACAGGCGCUCUGCCAUCGAUGUCAUCAGGUCUCCUACUAUGGCUGGUGGGCUGUUUGCUGUCAGUAAGAACUAUUUCCAUUACUUGGGCACGUAUGACACAGGCAUGGAGGUGUGGGGAGGAGAGAACCUCGAGUUCUCAUUUAGGAUCUGGCAGUGCGGGGGCAGCCUGGAGAUCCACCCCUGCUCCCACGUUGGCCAUGUCUUCCCCAAGAAGGCCCCCUACUCGCGGAGCAAGGCCCUGGCCAACAGCGUGCGUGCUGCCGAGGUCUGGAUGGACGACUACAAGGAGUUGUACUACCACCGUAACCCCCAUGCUCGCUUGGAAGCCUUUGGGGAUGUGACAGACAGGAGGAGGCUCAGGACCCAGCUGGGAUGUAAGGACUUCAAGUGGUACCUGGAGAACAUCUAUCCUGAUAUCCACGUCCCUGAGGACAGGCCUGGGAUGUUUGGAAUGCUGAAGAACAGAGGCAUGUCCAGCUACUGCUUUGACUACAACCCUCCUGACGACCAUAACCUGGUGGGCCACCGGAUCAUCCUCUACCCCUGUCAUGGCAUGGGACAAAACCAGUUUUUUGAGUACUCCAAUGAGAGUGGGGAGAUCCGCUAUAACACCAGGGAGCCAGCAGGGUGCGCUGUGGGGGACGCUGUCUCCAACUACCUGACCGUGCACCUGUGCAGGAAACCCCGGCAGACUGUACCACAGGACCAGAAGUUUGUCCUCAGAGAGGACGACACCCUCUACCAUGUGAUGACGCAGAAGUGCGUCCAGGCCGUGGACAAGACUGACAACGGCACCCCUGCCCCUGCCCUGCGGCCUUGCUCAGACCACGCCAACCAGAAGUGGUUUUUUGAGGAGAGGGGGGCGUAGUGGAGCGGGCCAGCCGAAAUCCCUAUCCCUGGGGUAGAGGGUCAACCAAACUCUUACCCCUGGGAUAGAGGGUGAGGGUUGGAGGGCCCCCAAGACCAAUACUCAGGUCCAGCGCCCUUAUGCCGUGGAGAUGACCUGGGUCGUAGUCACUAGAUACAAAACAGAAGAAAAUGGUCCAAAACGGCGAGGUUCUAUCUGAAGUAGUCUAAUAGGAAUCAUUUGUUUUCUGUUGCACACGGUUUGUAAAUGUUGUGCUCUAAUGAAUAUGACCCUGGUCAGGCGAACCGUUCUCACCUCCUGUAUCUAUGCACAACCGUGUGCUUGCUGGACAACGUCAACAUUGACGUUUUCGCACAUUUGUGAAAACCUGGGAGACGAAGGAUGUUGGAAUGGACUGGGAUAUUUAACACAUUUUUAUGUGUGGGAUUUAAUGACCUGUCUGUUCAUCUGACUGAAAGCCACUCCUACUUUUUAUUCCCACUUUCGUUCUUACCUCUCUCUUUCUCUGGAACACAGGACCACUUAGCAGCUGGUCGUGGAUGUUUUUGGGCAUUGCAGUGAUCAUGACAGACUCUAUGUACUUGCGCAUUACAUUAUAGCUGGAAAUCUCAGACUCAACCUCUAGACGGAGCCAAAGCUUCCAUCUUGUGUGCUGAUCUUUUUCACUCCAUCCAGCAUGUUCUCAGCUCAGUGAUGUGAGUUUUUAAUUGUUCAGGUAUUUUUGGGAGCCUAGUAUUUUGUUUUAUACAUAUUUUAUUUUUUAAAUACGUGCUUACUACUUCAACCAGUCCCUCCAAGAUUUUAAUUUUUUUUGUGAUAUUUUCGGGCAAAAUAAUCUUGCAUGGCAGUAUGCAACAAUUGUGUUCAAUUUGUCGCGAAAGUGCGCUGACGAGAGAAACAUUUGUUGCCGUGUAGCUUGAUUGAACCAUAUUAUGCUGUGAUUGGUUAAUUUGUACUGCGGUGAUGGAUCUGUUUUAUGCGGUAAUAUUGCAAUGAUUUGACUUUUUUAUGCAGAAAUUAGUGUGGUGAUUGGUCAAAUUUGCAAGCCCUCGCAAAAUAUGUGAUGAAAUUUUUGAUUGCACACAAAAAAAUUGCGAUGACAGAAUCGUGGAGGGGCUUUAUAACUUUCGAUUGGCUCCGCUUCUAGGCUUAAGACAACACACAGUACCUCUUUAGCCACACGAUUACUGGUAGUAGGAGAAAUUCCACUCCGGUCUUUAGUUGUGUUCAUGAAUCACAAUUAUGAAUUUGGAUAACUCACGGUAAGCAAUUUAAACAUUUCUGAAAGAAGGAAUACUUGUGGUUUUUCAUUGUUUUUUGGUCUAACAUGCAUCUUGUCAAUGCAGUUGACUCCUAGUGAGAUUGUUAUUUUCCUAAACGAGUGAAGCUACUAAGACUUAACGUAGCUAUAUUGGGUGUGUUAAUUAUAUUAUAAUUCUUGUUUAUUUUAAAUGAUAUAUUUACUCAAUGUUUAUUUACUUACUUAUUGAUCAUCGUUGAUGUCAGCGUGGAUUUAUUAAUUCAGCACUAUGUUAAAUGAGCCACUUGACUUUAUGUAUUGCAAUUGCAAUAACAAAUGGGGAAAACAAUUGUUGACAAUAAAUGUUCCUUAAGGCCAUCAUUUGGGCCAUUUUACCCAGAAGUGCCUUACCUGAUGCAAAAAGAGAUAUGGAAAGAUACGCAUGGAAUUCUAAAACAAAUCCACAUUUUUAUUAAAAGAGAUUAAGGACAAAUCUCAAAUGAUACCUACCUUAUCCCUAUAUAGUGUACUAUAGUGCAGGGGUACUCGCCUACUAUUUGAGAAGGUCCGGUCACAUACAUUUCCUCUGUGGCAAUGGUCCGGAUGGAUAUUGUAAUUUGUCGUAGUAACAAACCCCAACGUUGCGACCCCCAAGCUGUUCAAACUGUUUACACCCCUCUUUUUGCCAGAUAUAAAAAAUAAAAUUGCUGUUUUUUAAAACAGAUUUCCUGCAAUUCUACACAUGUUGACAUGUCUUAUGAUACCUGAGUGGCUCAACAAAAUCAGCCGGGGUUCCCUUGGGAUGGAGGCCCCUGGGCAUGUAAUCUGGCCACGAUAACUACAAGAUGUAGGUAGCUGGUUAGCCUAACUCUCCUAUCUAGUUGACAUGCGCUAGUGGUAAUUAACUGGACAUUUUUUCUGUCAGGUUAUAAAUAGCUCUCUAAGGUCUGUCAGUGGAGGAAGGAAAAUUGUCCAUACACAACCAAAUUUCAAUAGUAGUGCAUUCUACUAUUAUAACUCAACAGUAAGUUUAAUUUCCCAAAAAAUAAAUACUAUUUAUUUAUUUAGUCAGGACCUGCGGUCCGUAUUGACCCUGUUCUGGGUCCGGAUCCGGAACCGCCAGUUGGCUGCUAUAGGGCGUAAGGUGUCAUUUGAGAUAUAGCCUAAGUGUACUUUAAGAUUGAUAUCUUAUGCAAGGAGAUUGUGGGUGAAUGGAGUGCUGCAUUGAUUCCUGUUCGCUUAGCCUAGUGGUAUGACUGUUGCGUUUAGGGGGACGUUGGACACACACUCACUAACACACAUGCAUACACACACACACACACACACACAGGAGUUUACGUGCAGGAUCUCUGGAUCACUUCAAUUGAAAUAGGGAUAUGAGAUUUGAUUUAUACCUUUUUAUAUCCCAUGGCCACAGUUCAUAACAUGUUUUCUAAGUACAUUGACAAGAGUCAGUUUUAUUUAAACACGACCGGGUGAAUCACAACAUGUCAACCUAUUGAUUUUGGACAGGGUCCAAAGUAGUGCACUAUAGAGUACCAUUUGGAAUGCAGACAUAUUUUUGCGCCAGGGAGUUGAAUAAAUAUGAGAUUGUUUUUCCUGAGUUAUAGUAGCGUUAUUUACGGUUUUCUUAGUCAUCUGGUAUUCCAGGCAUGUCCCUACAUUGUAAAACAUGUUUUAUUGUAUGUUAUUUGACAUGUUAUAUGGCCGCAGCAAAAUUGAUAAGUGACCAUUCACCUGGUUUGCUUAAUAUCUUUCUGGCAGGUCAUAGAAUGGUGCGGCGCUCCUCUACCACCGUACAUCAUAAAGUGUUCUGUCUGUUUGGGACACAGUACUCUGGAUGCAUCCCACAUGGUGCCCUGUUCUCUAUGUUGACAACUACUUUUUAAAAUCAAUAUGCUGGAUCCAACUGGAUUUAAUUCUAAUGCUGUUCAUUACAUGUGGCCUUUACCAUCAUAAAAAAAAAUUGUUAUUAAUUCAAGAUAUUUUUAGGAACUGUCCAUAAAAUGGGAUCGAUUGGAUGAAACUGAGUUUGUAAUCAUAUUAAUGUACCAUUUUUCUAGUACCAUUCUGGAAAAAGUAUUUAAUGUGUAAUGUUUAAUUUCUGAAUAAUAAUACAAAGUAAAACUUGUAAAAAUUG